AUGCCUCCACAAACAAAACCACAAACCCCAACAAACAGUGGAAAAUUCCUAUUCUAUAUCAUUGAAGCAAUAGCUAUCCAAACCAUAAUCAUAGUCACAAUCCUCCUAACUUUGUUGCACAAAACACCCCCUAGACUCCGCUUCCAAACCCUAACCGUCGAAAGGCUAACGUUGAACACAACGUCGUUCAGCAUCAGGCUCAACGGCGAGGUGACGUUGAAAAACCCCAAUUUCGGGCAGUUCAAGUUCCCCGAGGGCAAGAUCGUCAUUCUCUACCGGAACAACUCCGUCGCCGGCGCCGUUAUCCCGGCGGGAAGGGCGAAAGCGAGAUCUACUGAAAAGAUGAACGUGACGGUGGUGGCGGAAUCCAAGGAUGUCGGAGGCGAAGGGAAGAUGACGUUGUCUAGCAACGUGGUUUUGAAUGGUAGAAUUAGUGUUAGUAAGCGGAAAGUGAAGGCGACGAUGAACUGCACCAUGGAUGUGGAUACGAGGAGAGGCUUGAUCGAUCAAUUCAAAUGCGACUGA